CUACGCAGAAAAAGAAAACGAUUGUGCGGGAAGGGUAAAGCGUCGACUUUGCAUUGGACUCUGCAAAGGGCUUGUCUUCGAAGGAUCUUCACUGAAACCUGUCGUACUUUCAACUAUUAAGUAUGGAGGACAAAAGCUACAAGAUCGUCCUAGGCUGUCUGGCCGUGAUUCUGUCAUUUGUCCAGCCAAUGUCUUUUCUGCACCUCAUAGCCAUCGCUGUGGUCGCCCUUUGCGUUUGGUACCGCCGGAAAAUUUUGGUUCUCCUGCGGACCCUGCCAAGGGAUAUUGGAUUUUUAAAAGUUCUUCUUCGAGUCAAAAUGGACAGUGAGAAAUUUAAAAAGAAAAACUUCACCCCCGCAUCGAUGCUAUCUGUCUUGGCGCGAAACAGACCAAAUGACGCCGUGCUUCUCUACGAUGAACACGUUUGGACAUACAAACAGUUGGACGAAUUUAGCUGGCAGAUUGCUCAGUACUUUCACAAAAUGGGCUUCAAGCAAGGAGACGUGGUGGCCCUUUUGAGCACCAAUCGACCCGAGUACGCUGCUUUUUGGAUCGGCCUUUCUCGGCUUGGGGUUGUCACGGCGCUUGUCAACACUUCACUCCGAAAUAUGGCUCUGGAGCACUCGCUCAAUGUGGUCAACACAAAGGCAGUUGUUGUCAGUGCAGAUCUCUGCGAGGGGAUUUGUGAAAUUAAAAAAUUGAUCCCGGGUGACUGCAAACUUUUUAAAUUUUGCGGUGCAGACCAAUCGUUUGACGGGGCCUGUGACGACUUUAUUUUUCUUAAUCCUCUUUUGGAAAGAGAGCCUUUGACCCCAAUUGAGGGUUUGAGCCCUCCAAGUUAUGAUAGUGAAUUACUCUACAUUUACACUUCCGGCACCACUGGCCUUCCUAAAGCGGCUAUUAUGAAAACUUCAAGAUAUCUCGGUGUUGUUCUGGCUGCCGUGCAUUUGGGCCAAUUGACAGCCAAAGAUCGCAUGUACACCCCACUUCCACUCUACCACUCUGCCGGAAGCAUUGUUGGCGUCGGACCGGCCAUCACCCAUGGCCUUUCCUGUGUCCUUAGAGGAAAAUUCUCAGCUUCGAAAUACUGGGAAAAUUGCGCAAAGUACAAGUGCACGGUGGCCCAAUACAUUGGUGAAAUGUGUCGCUACCUGCUUGCUUCGCCUGCCACACAAUUUGACAAAAAGCACCAGGUUGAAAAGAUGUUCGGAAACGGUCUCAAGUCUAACAUUUGGCAGAAUUUUCUCGACCGAUUUGCAGUACCUAAAGUUGUUGAAUUUUACGGUUCUACAGAGGGGAAUUGCAGCAUUGUUAACUAUGAAGGCAAAGUUGGCGCAGUUGGCUUUUUGCCAAACAUCUUGCCCACCUUUGCCAGUCCUUUGGCUCUUGUGAAAGUCAAUGAGCAAACAGGCGAGUUGAUUCGAAGUGGUAAAGACAACUUGUGCAUCAGAUGUGAACCAGGAGAGCCUGGAAUGAUUAUUGGAAAAAUUAAAGAUUCUGAAGCAUCAAGGCAAUACCAUGGCUAUGUUGACAAAAGCGAUUCGGCCAAAAAAGUGGCGCACGACGUUUUUGAGAAAGGGGACAAAUACUUCAUGUCAGGUGAUAUUUUGGUGUGUGACGAACUGGGCUAUUUGUACUUUAAAGACAGAACUGGUGACACUUUCCGCUGGAAAGGAGAAAACGUCUCAACUGCCGAGGUUGAAAAUGCCAUUACAUCUGCUGCGGGGCUUAGAGAUGCCUGCGUCUAUGGAGUGGAGAUUUUGGGCACUGACGGUCGAGCAGGUAUGGCGACUAUUGUUGACAGCGACUCUACCUUGGAUUUGGACGCCCUGGCAAAAUCCCUUGCUCGUUUAAUUCCUUCCUAUGCACAGCCAAUAUUUUUGAGAAUUGCCAAGAAUAUUGACAUGACAUCAACUUUCAAACUGAAAAAAAUUGAGCUGCAAAGAGACGCUUUUGACCCGGCCAAAGUUAAUGGUGAUGCUCUUUAUAUUCGCAAAGGAAAAUUGGCUCAUUACGAAAAGUUGACUCCUCAACUCUAUCAAGAUAUUUUGUUGGGCAAUAUCAAAUUUUAACCGACUUAAUUGGUCAAAACCAUUAUUUAGGUUUAAAAUUUUGUUUUCAACUUCAUGUUCUUUUCGCCUAAGGUUUACAUUUAAAUUUCAUGCUAUAUGAUGCUAUAUUUUAAAAUUUGUGUUGGAAAUUUACAUAUAUAGAAAUAGAAAACUAAUAGCAAUAUGCUUGUAUAAACCUUAAAUUGAAUGCACAGAGAAUGACCAAUAAAAUUUUAUGUUCUAUUAUAAAUAAAAAAAUUAAAUAAAUAAAAUA